AUGAUGGAGUUUCUGGCUGCUGUAUAUGUGUUCCUCUCAUUCAUCAACAACAAAGAGAAUCUACUUGACAACCUGCAAACAAAAGACAAUCCUGAAGUUACUGUCUACAAGAGUGCUGUGGAUAAAGCCUUACAAAGUGAGACGGGAAACCUGGACCUUUUCCUCCGCUUCCUUCUGGGCCUCUCACUGGAGUCCAAUCAGAAGCACUUACGAGGUCUACUGACAAAGACAAGAAUCAGCUCACAGACCCAUGAAGAAACAGUCAAGUACAUCAAGGAGAAGAUCAGGGAGAAUCCCUCUCCAGAGAGGAGCAUCAAUCUGUUCCACUGUCUGAAUGAACUGAAUGACCAUUCUCUAGUGGAGGAGAUCCAAAGCUUCCUGAGCUCAGGAAGUCUCUCAAAACCCAAACUGUCACUUGCACAGUGGUCAGCUCUGGUCUUUGUGUUGCUGACUUCAGAAAAGGAGCUGGAUGUGUUUGACCUGAAGAAAUUCUCCAGAUCAGAGGAAGGUCUUCUGAGGCUGCUCCCAGUGGUCAAAGCCUCCAGAGCUGUUCUCCUGUCAGGCUGUGGAGUCACAGAGGAAGGCUGUGCUUCUCUGGUCUCAGCUCUGGAGUCAAACCCCUCACACCUGAGAGAGCUGGAUCUGAGUAACAAUGACCUGAAGGAUUCAGGAGUGAAGCUGCUCUCUGCUGGACUGGGGAAUCCCCACUGUAAACUGGAGACUCUGAGGCUGUCAGGCUGUCUAGUCACAGAGGAAGGCUGUGCUUCUCUGGUCUCAGCUCUGAGGUCAAACCCCUCACACCUGAAAGAGCUGGACCUGAGCUACAAUCACCCAGGAGACUCAGGAGUCAGACUGCUCUCUGCUGGACUGGAGGAUCCACACUGCAGACUGGAGAAACUCAAGUAUGUAGAGGGUUUAUGUCAAUGUUCAUAUCAGACAUGUUUGACUUAUCAGGCUGGUUAAGACAAACA